UUUCUUUCCUUAGGCCAUCCAGAUAUUAAGGGAGAAAUUGCCAGAAAAGAUGACAAACUGCUGUCAUUACUGAAAGAUGUGUAUGUUGAUUCCAGAGAUCCUGUGUCUUCUGUGCAGGUCAAAGAUGCUGGAACAUCUCAAGAGCCAAAGGAGUUCAGAUUGCCAAAAGGCAAUCACUUUGACAUGAAUAUUGAGAACAUUCCCAAAGGCAAAAUUUCCAUUGUAGAGGCAUUGACACUUCUCAAUAAUCAUAAACUUUAUCCAGAUACAUGGACUACUGAGAAAAUAGCAGAAGAAUACCAUCUGGAACAGAAAGAUGUAAAUUCCCUUCUCAAAUAUUUUGUUACUUUUGAAGUCAAAAUAUUUCCUCCUUCUGAAGAUAAGAAAGCAAUACAAUCAAAAUGAAGGAACUCUUGGAGUUACUUUUCCUAUAUGUGCUCCCUCCCUCCAUGCCAUGUUUAUUUUCCUAUUUUUAGCAUAUUAAAUUAUAUAAAUUACUGAAUGUUUAAAGCUCCCUCAUUGUGAGAGCAUCCUAUUUAUUGAGCUCUGCUGAAUUUUCAGGACUGCUGAGAAAAUAAGUUAUAUUUUCAACUUGAAUUUGGUUUAGGCAUGUAUUCAUAUGUAAUAUCAGCAUGACUAAAUAGCACAUGUAUAAAUUUAUUACAAAUAAAAGAGUUAAUGUGUUAUUUUAAGCACAUAUCAGCUUUUAAAUUGGUCAUAUGGCCUCUUAGGAAAUGUCCUGAAUCCCUCAUUUAACAUUUAAAGUUUCACCUUCCAAUUCAGCUAGUUUAUUCUUCCUAUGGAAUAGCUAAAGUAAGAAUUUUACUGACUCUUAAGACUGACAUUUUCUUGUUAGGGAAAGGGAGGCUUGACAGUGAGGUAGAAUAACAGUAUUUCCCAACCAAAGGCAGUAUAUCCCAAAUAAAGGAUACAAAAUAAUAGAAAAUAAUUUUUUACUACUAUAGGGAAUAAGAAUUUGUAGGGCCUUUCUUUUGUUACUUUGAAAUGAAAUUAUAAAAAAAGUAGUUUUAAAAAUUUUAGCAAAUCUCUACUUGGACAAACAGGUAAGUCCAAAAGCUUUCAGAGAGGCAGGCAAUGGUGGGAGCUAUCUUAAAAAUUAACCUUCUCUGGACUUAAUGUAGAAAUACAAGAAAAUUUUAAAAAAUGGUUAAAUCAAAGAAUCAUGAUAAAUGGAAUUUAGUGGCCAAAUAUAUUUUCUAAUUUAAAUGCUGGUUGAAAGAAGAGAAAAAAUAGCAAGUAGAAGCAUAAAAUGUGAUCAUUGGAAGGGACUUAAGAAAUUGUUUCAUUUAACAAAUGUAUGAGUACAAUAUAUACGAAUACUAGGGUUUUGAGCAAAAUUGUGUAAAUUCAACUCUGUCAUGUUACUACCUGUGAGAUCUUGGCUGGGUUUUAUAACCUCUUAGAUUGAAUUUCCUCCAUAAAUGAGUAUUAUGCUGCCUUACUUGACUCUAAGGGUUACUGUAAAGAUAAAAUAAUAAAGAACAAUAAAUAUGACUUUCUUUUGCACUUGAAAAUAGAGGCAGGCCUAAGGAAGUUUCAUGACCUAUUUAAGAUUAUUCUGUAGUUUAUGACAUAAGUAGGCUUAGAAUUUAGGUUGUCACAAUCUUAGUCUUGUGUUUUUUCUGCUGUGCCAAUAAAAAGCAUAUCUCAAGAGCAGAAGUUGUGGAUUGUAGGAAUAUUGAGAAAAUAUUCGUGGUAAGAAAAAUUCCAGGUUACCACUGUCUUUCUGAUGGAAGAUGGACUUUCAUUACUGUCCAGGAAGUCCCCUGGAAAUGGCAUAGAAGACUCAGGCCUUCAACAUGACGGGAUUAGGCAUUUUUACUACUGAGAAGAACAAAAUUGACUGAAAUGGGAAUUUUAAGCUUGUUUUCAAAUGCAGUUUAAUUAUGGGAAUAUACCUAGUUUAUAUUUAGUUAAAAACAGUUCUUUUUAAGAAAAUGGACUCUGUAUAAAAUUACAUUUUAAAACUGUUAAAUCAAUCAUCAAAACUGCUAUCUUUUAUCAAAUAAAGAUCAAUACUUGAAUCACUAAUACUGCUAUUUCUGAGCCAUUCAAAUCUGAGCUAUUUCCCUAUUCAAAUCUGUACGUGGUUGGGCAGCUGUAAAUGUGGCUGUUUUAUGGUGUCAUAUGAUAAAAUAAAGUACUUCCCAUAUCA